AUGGCCAGCAACAUCAACGCGCUUGCGAACUACGACAUUGUUCUCGCCAUAUCAAAUGAGGCAAUCAAUGCACAAUUUGAAGAGUUGUACCGGAAAGAGUUGCCCGAAGACCUCCUGCCGCCCGAUUUUGAGCCUGGAGACCAGGUAGCGCUACCGCGUCCAAGCCAUUACAUCAAUCACGAUUUCAAGGUUCUGAUCAAAGAAGAUGGAGUAGAAGACGAGCAAGAACUACAAGGAAUAGACGGACAUAUCAAGUGCCCCGUGGUGACUAUCCACCCGGAAAAAAGUGGGGUGGCUAUCGUGUCUCUCACUUUUGAGCACGAUGAGUCUGUGUCUGAGACUGAUAAGAAGGACAGCUUUCUGCAGCAUUUAGUUGUUGAGAAACGUCAAGCGAGCAUUAACAGACUAAACAUAAAUGGCUGGACAUUCAGUUGGGAAUGCAGCAUUGCUAUCAAAGACAUUGACGAUGUCAUGGCAGAUCUCGUUGGCCCCGCUGAGGAUCAGGAACAACAAGUGCAGCUUCCGAACGAAACCAUCAACAAACUCAAGAAGAGGUUUGAUACAGAACCUCAGAACGAGGUUGACGUCAGCGUCUUCACGGCAUCCUCCAUAUUCUGCAUGAUGCAAGCAGUACAGAUGACGAACUCAUUUGAUAUUAAAACUCCUGAUGGAUAUGAAUGGCCAAAAAAGCUCAGUACUGCUCAGAUGCAGUUUUCAAUCGCAACGGCAAAGACUAUGGUUGUAGAUCACUUCAAGAAUAUGCGCGAAGCAGCAAUUAAGAACGGCAAAGACGUGUCACAUUUACCAACAGCCAACAAUCCGUUCGUCUUGGGAUACAGCAUUCGACAAGAGAUACCAAAACUUAAGGACCUGAACAUGAACGCCGAUCCUACCAAAACGCCGCGGUACUUUAUCCCUCGUAAAGUUGAUUGUACCACCACAGCUUCUCCCGGAAACAAGUACACAGCUGGGACAUUGAACUUCUGCAUGUUUACACAUCGCGAAGAUGAGAGCUCAGAUGCAGGAUCCAUUGACAUCGGUACAGUCAAGUUCCCGGAGACAUUUUUCCAGAAACUUUCCAUCCGUGGAGGCUUGAUGGGUAGUUCCAAGGGCAAACAAGGCGGUCACGACGGUAUCAUGGGCUUCUCAAGAGACAUAUUCUGCAAGCGAUGGUUGACAGAGACGGUAGCUCAGCCGUUUGUCGCUGAUGACUCCAAAUAUAGCGACGCAUUUAAGCCAAUGCUGUCGGGGUUGGCGUCACCCACUUCGAGCCCGUGGCGGAAGCCAUUGCAGAACUCUAGCGUUCGAGAAGUAAUGAAGGGUCUCGAGUACGGAGGUGUUGUGACUGGCGUCAUGUUACCUGACUUUAGUGUCGGUGAAAAAGAUCUUAGCAUCAAGCGAAGUUACACGGGUACCAGCAGAGCCACAGUCAGAUACACAUCUGACUUCCUUUCGUACACUCCCGAGCAACGGCAAGAGUCGGACCUGCGGCGUAGUCUUUAUCUAGACCUGCGAGUUUGGAAUGAGUUCGAUCUGCAGCUGUCCCUGCAGAAAACGACUUUUCUUGGGUUCCUCUUUGGCGAGAGCCCGAUCAGAAAUCUCAUUGGUGUAGGUGAUAGCGACAACAAGGAAUACACAACCAUGAUCAAGGCAUUCUACCGAUCAAACUUCAAGAUCGGUUACACGCUUUCACCUGGUCAAGGCGGUAUCUGGAGCAUGAGCAAAGAUAACGAUCGCACUACUUUCCCCGGCAAAACCGCCCCAGCAAAAGUCAUUGAUUGCACUAAUGACUCUUCAGAGCCCUGGAAGAACUUUUCCGGUGACGGCUUCAACCUGUACUCACAGAAAUUUGAUGUAGCUAAGGAACGGGAUAUGCCAAAUGAACUUUUGGAGAUUGCGAAAGAUUGGUACGGGAACCAAAAUCUUGAAAUUGAAAACGCGGUCGAAAAUGUACUCAAAAGCAUUAAGAAUGCGGUCAUCAUGCCGGCUGGUAACGUUCUUCAAUUCAAGGGCCUGGAUUGCGAUGAGGAAGGCAACGUUUACUCAACGGUUGAUUAUCAGACCCUCACUCCGACGAGGUAG